AUGUUGAAGUUCCUGGUGUUCGUUGUGGCUGGGAUCGUCUGGCCGGCCUCGGCACAACACAGACGGACAAUUCAUGUUAGCCAUUAUCAUGAUCAUGAUCACGAGCCUCCUUCCAUCUCGGUAGGCUGUGGCUUUGGAUACGGGUCAGAAGUGUACCUGGCCACACACGACACUUGGGCCUUUUAUAAGGUUCGCUCGGCCAAACCAAUGUCUAACGGCAACCUAAAGUCUACGUGCGAGGAGGCGGGGAUGCGAUAUCCGUGCUUCCACUCAUCACAAAAUACUCCUUGGUGUACCCAUAACUACUACUGGGCCUCAGAGUGCAUCACUUAUGAAGGUACUGGUUACAGCUGCCGUACCCUCGAGAUGCUCUCGAAUAAACUGUGCGGGCACACUGACAUUGUGUACUGUCCGCCCCUUGAUGACACCUUUGUGUACACCCCUGGCCGGUGGGGUGAUGACAGUGCCUUUGGAGUGGACUACAACACUCACAGCGACGAUCUGCUGGGAGCGGACUACAACGACACUUACGCCCUUUGUGCAGUGGCUAUGUGUGGAACAUCCCCGUGUGUGCACGGAAACUGUACUGAAGAUUUCGGUGGCUUGGUGAACUACACCUGUAGCUGUGAGAGUGGUUGGGAAGGAACCCACUGUGAUCGAAACAUCGAUGAGUGCCUGUCCUCCCCAUGUGUACACGGAACCUGUACUGACGGCGUGGCGAGUUACACCUGUAGCUGUGAGAACGGCUGGACAGGAAACAACUGUGAUCAAAACAUCGAAGUGUGUGCGAGCAAUCCUUGCUGGCUGGGAGGAACCUGCCUGGAUCACGUCAGCGGCUACAGCUGUGUCUGUCCUAAAGAAGCCACCGGGAAAAACUGCGAAACUGUGGCCUUUGCUGGAGAAUGUUACCAGUUCUCCUCCACCGCCGCUGCCCACCCUGACGCGGCCCGAGCCUGCCAGACCCAGAGCGGACACCUGGUGGAUGUGGAGGACGGGCAGCAGCAAACUUUCCUCGCGGACACGAUCGCGGCUUCCACCGGAGCCUCCACCUGGCUCGCCUUUAAAACAGCACCAGUGGUACCGGUGUUUCUCUACAGCAACGGAGCUCCUUUCUUAGGCCCCCUGCAGUGGUCUACAAGCGAACCUGCUGAUCCAUGUGACCUUUGUGUCCUCCUGGACAGCUCGGACAGAUUCCUAGCCAAGACAGCACCGUGUGUGGAACAGCACAACUUCAUCUGUCAGGACGCCCAGACGCUGUGCGGGCAGAACAUCUGUCAGAACGGCGGAAUCUGCACCUCCUGCUUCGGAGACUCCUCCGCCUUUUGCGAGUGUCCGGACGGGUUCGACGGCAAGACUUGUGAGAUAAACAUUGACGAGUGCGGUUCCAACCCGUGCCAAAAUGGCGGGAGUUGUCAUGACGACGUUAACUCCUACCACUGCGUCUGUCCAACCGGUUACCAAGGAGACCACUGCGAGUCAGACAUUGACUGGUGUUCCAAUCUCCAAUGCCCGUAUGGUUUUGUCUGCCAGGACUUCGUGAUCUUCUUCCAAUGCGUUCACCCAUCUCCCGUCGCCCGCGGGUUCCCGUACCAGUGCAGCAGCGCCUCCUGUCCGGACGGCAUGUACUGCACCCAGGAAGGCGUGUCAGACUUCUCCUGCAGGCCUGAAGAGUGA